AUGGAUUGGCCAAGUGAGGACCCGUUCACAACCCAUCAAGAUGCUACAGAAAUUCGUAUAGAAUCACAAUUUCAUGAUUUAACGGUUGAUUACGAACGUGUAAGAGAUAAAAUUGUUAAACAUGGUGAAAUUGAAAAUCAAUUGUGGCAACAAAACGAUGAAUUUCGUCUGUAUUUUAUAUUAGUCGUUCUUGAUGAUGGUUGUUCUGUUUCCACAGUGGAAAAAACAAUGAUUAUUUUCAUCUAUGUUCUAAGACUUUAA